CAACACGACAGGUAUAUAAGGAGUUGCGUUGGAGUACUAGGACUCCGCCUAACUUGCAUUGCUCACAUCAAAAUUAAGCGAUUGAUUAUCUUGGCAAGACGCAACGCCCUGCCUCUUUCGUACCCAUGGCGCCUCGCCUCCGGUGUCUCCUCCUCUUCCUCGCGCAACUCCUCGUGCUGGUCGCCGGCGGGCGGUGGCAGGACUUCCUUCACCUGCCGUCGGAGCGCUCCGGCGGUGGUCACGAGGACGUGGUCGGGACCAGGUGGGCGGUCCUCAUCGCCGGCUCCAACGGCUACUACAACUACCGUCAUCAGGCGGACGUGUGCCACGCGUACCAAAUCAUGAAGAAGGGCGGGCUCAAGGACGAGAACAUCAUCGUCUUCAUGUAUGACGACAUCGCCAACCACCCCGACAACCCCAGGCCCGGCGUCAUCAUCAACCAUCCAACCGGCGCCGACGUCUACGCCGGAGUUCCAAAGGAUUACACGGGGAAGGAUGUCAACGUCAAAAACUUCCUCGCCGUUCUGCUCGGCAACAAGUCCGCCGUCACCGGCGGCAGCGGGAAGGUCGUCGACAGCGGUCCAGACGACCACGUCUUCGUUUAUUACAGUGAUCAUGGCGGCCCCGGGGUGCUUGGGAUGCCUUCCGAUGAGUACCUCUACGCCAAAGACCUGCUGCAAACUCUCAAGAAAAAGCAUGCUGCUGGCACCUACAAAACCCUGGUUUUCUACCUGGAGGCGUGCGAAUCCGGGAGCAUAUUCGAAGGCCUCCUGCCGAAUGACAUCAACGUGUACGCCACGACGGCGGCGAACGCGGAGGAGAGCAGCUGGGGCACCUACUGCCCCGGCGAUGAGCAGGGCCCUCCUCCCGAGUUCGAUACCUGCCUCGGAGACCUCUACAGCGUCGCCUGGAUGGAGGACAGCGAUGUGCACAACCUGCGCACAGAAUCUCUGAAGCAGCAGUACGAGGUGGUGAAGGACAGGACGUCGGCGCACAACACCUACAGCCUGGGCUCCCAUGUCAUGCAGUACGGCGACCUGAAGCAGAACAUUCAGAGCCUGUACCUCUUCAUGGGUACCGACCCUGCCAACGACAACGCCACAUUCCACUCGCUGCGGCGGUUCUCGGGUGCAGUAAACCAGCGUGAUGCCGAUCUCGUCUACUUCUGGCAGAAGUACCGGAAAUCGGGUGAGGGGACGCCCGAGAAAAAGGAGGCUCGGAAACGAUUGCUCCAGGUGAUGGCCCGGCGAUCGCAUGUCGACAGCAGCGUGGAGCUGAUCGGCGGCCUCCUGUUCGGGUCGGAGGAAGGUUCCAAGGUUCUGAACGGCGUCCGGCCGGCGGGGCAGCCUUUGGUUGACGACUGGGACUGCCUCAAGGCCAUGGUAGACACGUACGAGGAACAGUGCGGAUCACUCGCGCAGUACGGGAUGAAGCACAUGCGGUCCUUGGCCAACAUCUGCAACGCUGGCGUCAGAGCGGAAGCCAUGGCCAAAGUGGCGUCCCAGGCUUGCGCGAUCGUCCAUUCCGAGUGACACUGCCUGCUGCCUUUUAUAGAAUUUCUUCAAUUCCUGAAUCUACCCUGUAAGGCUUGGGCAGGGGCUUCAGCAAGCACACUGCACUGCACCAAGCAUGUAAUUAUAAUACUAUACAGUAUGCUGGUACUUGCCGUCACUAGUGGAAAAUUGUAAAGGUCCCAACAUGUUUAGUCUGUAGCUCAUGGGGAGCCAGGUGAGAGAUGGCGGCG